GCGUUCGCUUUGCAUUGUGGGCGCCGGUGUUCAUCUAGAAACGGAAACCAUAUAUAGGCAGAGUCAGCUCUCUUUUCUACGAGUUAUUUAUCCUGGUCGUGCCGAGAUCAGCACUCCUGUGGCAGUCAUGUCAUCUACAUCCCAAAAACAUAAAGACUUUGUGGCUGAGCCCAUGGGGGAGAAACCUGUAAAUGCUCUUGCAGGGAUCGGAGACGUCCUUGGGAAAAGGCUGGAGGAUAAGGGUUUUGACAAGGCGUACGUUGUCCUCGGGCAGUUUCUAGUUUUGAAGAAAGACGAGGAGCUUUUCCGAGAUUGGAUCAAAGACACAUGUGGUGCAAAUGUCAAACAGCAAGGUGACUGCUACGGCUGUCUGAAAGAAUGGUGCGACGCCUUCCUAUAAACCACAGAUUUCAAUCCUUUUUCUACUUCUGAUGUUCAAAAUGUACAUUACCUCUUGAGCAAUCUUGAGUCUGUUCAGCUGCAACACAUGUACACUGAAGCACUGUAUACACUAUAUAAUUUGUUAAAAUGACCUAUACACCCUUAUGAUGUUCAAGUUUAGUAAUUCAGAAAUGUUUGUUCACAGUCAAUAGCCCUUUUUAUGGAGGCAUUUAAACCCAUUUUAGAAGUUGGAAAUGUUAACUUUGCCUCACCAUGCAGGUUACAGUAAGUCACGUCACAGGUCUGCACAUUAGCAUGCCUGUACGCUGCGGAGAAAGUAUUGUAGUCUAAUGUUAUUACACAUGCUAAAGUACAAAUGUUUUCUGGAACGAGCGUGUGUUGAGCUGAAACUGGACUGUUUCCAGAUCAGCUGCUCGGUUUCAGAAUGAUCCAGGUGACUCGGAUCGUCCUCUUCACUGCCUGAUUCUGAUUUUAAUUUGUCAAGUUGAUUAAAAUACACGUUUUAAGCUCAUCAGUGCUUGUUCCGUCUGUAAACAAUCUCACCUGUAUGAGAUUUUGAUUAGUAAAUUCAACACCUCUUUCUCUUUGUUCAUCAUUCACAUACGUGAAGAUUCAGUACCUGUGCACACGUUUAACUCCAGUUUGCUUGCUCUAUUUUCUGACUGAUGUGAUUUAAGCUAAUAAAAAAAAAACACAUCGCAGUUUGAUUUCUCAGAAAAGCAGGCUGAAGUGAAAAUGUAGCAGACAUAUUUGAAACGAGUACUAAAUCUUGACUGAUGCUGCAGAAAUGUUUUACAGAUGUGUGUACAGAAGCUGCUGUUUUAACUUUUGGUCUUGCUAAAAAGAAACCAGUCUGAUCUGCUUUCACUUUGUUUGGAUCUGAGAGAGGGGAUGUGCAUAAAUAAAGAUGCUAAUGCAACAAACCCAAAUAUAAUUUAAUAAUAAAAUGCUGUGAUACCUGACAUAAA